UUGGUUUUUCUUUGCUUUAGUGGUAGAAAAAAUGCCUGGGCUCACUCACUGCCAUUGUAUCGAGGACGAAAAACGAUUUCGCUGCGAGUUAUGUGGUUUGAUCUAUCGUGAACCUGUCCAGAAUAUAAAGACGGGAAAAUGCUUUUGCAAAUCUUGCGUCAGUAACGAAGAUACUGCCGACUACCGCCAAGACAAUGCCGUAUGGAAGGAAAUGAAGUGUUGGACCGUUCAUUGCGAAGUUUGCGGUUGGCAAGGAAGACUUGAAAAAUUCGAAGUGAGUAGCUUCAAAUAUUCCUCCUAAAUUAUUAUUCUACUGUGCGUCGUGUACGUCGGCAGCCCUCUCCGCCGUCGCCUAUUGCCCCCUGGUCGUCAUGCACACACACUGCAUGUUACGAAACGGAAUAAAUUGCGUGUGAGGGGCUUGUCAUGUAGCGCACGGACAACCAAAAACAUGGCCUGCUGACGAUGCAAUAUUAUAUAGGCAGUAAUAUGGGAGAGGGGGUAUGUUUCUUCCUUUUCAAGCCUUCCGAACAUGAGACUCUAACCUGGUUGUUUUACUGCCGCCUUUUAACUGCCAAUCCUAGAUGCUGAGGAAGUGGCUGGCCUCUGAAAAUAAUCAAUGUCAGAUCACCACUUCCCAGUGACCACCAUGCAUAUAAUUGCACAGUUAAAUGACUGCUCUCUAAUAAUUUUGCACCUUUGCCUUAUUGUUGUGGCCAAUUUGCAAAAUGUGUCCGCCUUAUAAUAAUAAAUUAUAAUUAUUGUCACUGUUAAUUCGCACAUGUGUGCAUGACAUGGGGUGAGAAAGUGUGCAAAGUGGUUGCCUCUUCCCACUAAAUCACCCCCAGAACAUGGACACAUGUGCUACCUGACCCACACCAUCACUACAUAAAAUGUAUACUAAUGCUGAUAGUAGCUGUAUGAAUUAUUCUAGAGUCAUUUGUGUCCAUUAAAAACGGACGUUUUUCAAGAGAACAUCUACCUCAAGGGGAGAUUAGCAGUUGAAGAGCAAAAAAAAUUUAAUCUCCUGCAACAGAUGGCAAAAUUAGAAGAAAAGCUUCUUGUUCUUGAGGGUACAAAAAUCAACAUUGACGACCUUGAACUGGAUCUUCCAACAGCAGAUACCUUUAAUAUUGAGAAUUAUCAUGUCUCGAAGACUGAAAAGGAGAAACUCACGGGGAAACAUGUAGAGCCCAUACCAAGUCCUGACUUGAAGAGCUGUGACUUUGAAACAAUUGCUGGCACCUUAGAGGAAUCUGUCUCGGAUUUAAGCGAAGGGCAGAAGAAAAUUGAAGUGGCACUCGAUGAAGGAGGGAUGAAACUAGCGCUAAACGCUAAACGCGCUGAAGUCCUCGCUCAGAAACGUGCACUUGAAAGUGAACUGAAUUUCUCGGAGGAAACAACUAAGAGCACUUCAGGUGAUUUCAGCGUAUUUUCAACUGGUGCUGGUCCUCCACCGAAUGGGUCUGGGAUGCAAUGUCGCUGGAGAGUAAAUGUAGUUGAAGCACUCGAAAAUGCGAAAAAGUAUCCCAAUCUACCGCUUGUCAGCCCCGUUUGGCCAACGCACCCCUGUGGCUACUGCGUUCGAGCCUACCUCUACUUCAACGGACAUCCAGAGAGCGGUGGGUCCCACGUUUCGAUUUUCAUGAGACCCGUACAUGGAGCCUAUGACGGGCUUUUGAAAUGGCCACUGGAUGCCACACUCACGUUCUGCAUUCUCGAUCUUCUGGGGAAAAAUGCUCGACCGUGGAUAAAAAACUGCCGCUCCGACCCUGACUCACCCUGCUUCAAACAACGACCACCACCCCCCUCCGAAUCAUCCCCUGACAUGAAUGCUGCAUCUGGCCUACUUGACUUCAUUCCAAUCGAUACACUGAAAAAAUAUACAAAAGACCAGACAAUUAUGUUGGAAAUGUCUAUGAAACCAAAGCGAUAAUUAUUUUUGUAAAUUUUUAACUUUUUUUUUCCGUCUAUUUUUCUGUGUAUAAAACUUAUUUUCACUUAUUUAAGAAAUGGUAUUCAACAGAGAAACUAUAAAACGUACAGUGGGCAAUCUAAAAGUGUCUUCCUACAAUAAAAAGUAGCCUUAGUCAAGUGUGGUUUGUAAGUCCAAGUCUGUAUAAUUAUAGUAUAAUGCAGCAGAAGCAGUGUGUCAGCUAUUUUCUCCCGGCCCAGUCGAGGAUGACACCUUUUCCAACCUUCCUGAAGGCAGUUGAACUGGCUCCACUC